UUCCAUGGGAUAUAAUAAGGCAAUUGCGCGGGUAAUGAUUUUUCCUUUAACCCGAACUUUAGCAAUUCUUAUUAACCCGUCUUUACUUUUAAUUAAUUCAACAAUUUUACCCAAGUUCCAGGCUUGUUUUGGCACCUGUUUAUUUUGUAUCAACACUAUUUCACCAAUUUCGGGCAAAUAAUUUUUCUUGUACAACUUCUGAUUAUGUUUAUCUGCCCUUUCCUUUAGCUUAUUUAAAUACUCUUUUUCCCAUUUUUGCCAAAAAUGAUUUAACAUUUGAUUUGAAUUUUCCCAUUCUUUAAUUAAUAUUUCUCUUUGGGUUUCCUUUUCUAAAAAUUCUUUUUCAUCGAAAAUUUCUAACUCUAUAUUUUCUUCAUUACGUGAUGGUAAAAUAAGGUCAAUUGGACGCAAUACAGUAUAGGCGUCGUCAAAGUUUUCGUAUACAUAAGUUAGUGGUCUUUUAUUCAUAAUUGUUUUUAUUUCUGAAAGUAUUGUUCUUAACUCCUCAUAGUUUAACAUUUUUCUGCCUAUAGCAGCCUUUAAAGAAUUUUUCAUAAUUUUUACCAUGGCCUCAUAUAAGCCGCCAAACCAUGGGCUGAGGCUUGGGAUAAACUGCCAAUGUAUUUUUUCUUUUUCUGUUUUUUGUUCAAUUUCUUGUAUUACUUUACAUGUUAAUUUAUAUUGCGUGCCGUUAUCGCUUAUAAAAUAUUUUGGUUUGCCGUAUUCCGAUAUAAAUCUUCUCAUGGCUUGUAUACAAGAUUUAGCUGAUAGACUCGGUACCAAUUCCAAAUGCGUGAAUCGUGUGGCCAUACAAGAAAAUAUUUCAAUCCAGACUUUUACAAUUUCACCACCACUAUUUUUUACUUCAAAGGGACCGGCAUAG